GCCCGUGCCCGCAUCUCCCCUUCGCUGUGGCUGGCCGGGUGCGAUCUGAGGCUGUAGCAGGAGCCCUCGGCUGGGAGCGGGCGCGCUGGUGCCCCCCCCCCCCCCCCGGCUUCCCUUUGUCCUGGAGGAGAAGGCGGCUGCACCGCGGAGCCAGGUUUCCAGCAUUGGAUUGUCUUCUUGGGCAAAUUGUCACCAAUGGCAGUAAAACUUGUUUUCCAGCAUUCUGGGUUAAAUGGACUAACUGGCUCUCAUUCUGAGGGAACCUAAUGUCUAUAUCUUGCUUUAAAUAAAUCUCUACUGUAUGUCAAAAAGAUUUCUCAAGUCAGGAAGCUGCUGUGAAAGCCAUUGAAGCAGCAUAAAAAUGUGAAUCUAACAAGACUCCAAACAGCUUGAGAAAGAAUUUUCUACUGAUCAGUUUGUAAUUUAAAUCCUUAACUGAAGCAUGAAUAAUAGCUAAACUGGUUGAAGAGAGAGCUUGCUCCUUAAAUAGGACUGUCAAAAAAGCAGUCACCUGAAAUUUCAAAAUGAGUGCAUCACUGAUACCAAGUGAGCCAUGUUACACCCAGCUGCAGGACAACAGAAAUGAAAUAAAAAAUAACAAUGAAAGCAUAAUAAGUAUGGGAGAUACAAAUGCCAACCAAAUUAUGACAAAGGUCAGAAGCACUGAAGGGGAGGUCAAGAGAUGUGAUUUGACAGCUGAUCCUGGAAGUGUGCAUACUGGUGGGUCAGAGAACAUUACGCAGUUGGAUACAGAGCAGAAUAAACUUCUGGUCUUUAAGGAAUCUCAGAUUUGUGACAUCAAUGUACAAAAAUUUAGGUUGCCUCCCACCAUAAACAAGGAAUUGGAUAAAGAUUACAGGACUGAUGAAGUUAAGGAUACUUCAAAGAAAAUUCGAAUUAGCCGAGGAAAAAGUCUGUCUAAUUUGAAGAGCAGUGCAAAUGACACCAGUUCAGGGGUUCUUUCAAAAGAUGAUGAUGAAUUUACCCGGCAUAUUUCUAAGGAUAAAAUGAUCAGGACCAUGGAAGCUGAAGGAAUAAAAAGGCUUUCUUUGGGAAGAUCAAGUAAAUUUUCUACUAAAACAGAAGCAUUUUCAAAAGAACGGGUGUCGUGUAAACGUUCGCUUUCUGUAUCACUGGAUUCCAUUGAUACAUCACAUCAUUUGAUUGGUGAUACUGAGAAAUCACAGAAAACACCAGUGGAUCAUUUUCUAGGUAUGGUUUUUCAUCCACUUGACAAUACCUCAGAGGAAAAUACAGUGUUUUAUUCAAAACCAUCUACCUCAGAAAACAAGAAAGUAAAUAUUCCGGAGAUCCAAAUGGAUGUGGAAGAUGUACCAAAUGUUAACAGUAAAAGCACACUGCAUCCUACUCACGUAGAUCUAAAUUUAAGUGGUAAGCCCAGUGAAGUCUCUAGUAAGUCAGAAGCACAAUUAGGUCAGGGUGAUAAGAGUAAAAAACUGGAGCUAAAAAAUCCACCACUUGUACCAUCUAAGAAUAUUUGUCAACAAAAAAUUGAGAGAAUUAUGUUGGUAGAAUUUCUAGGAUGUCAAAGAGAAGAAAGUACAUUGGUACAAGAGAAGAAAGGAUGUGGAGCUGAAGUGUCCAAAAUGCAAGCUCCCCAGUUUCAAGACUUUUGUAGUAAAGUAGGGGAUCCGCUCUUAAACCAAGUGGUAGCCUAUGCUGAGGACAGACUACUAAGUGGUAAUAACACCUGCCCUGGGUUAGGAAGAGGAAGUAGUAAUGAUGAAAACAGGGCAGCUAAUCAAGGUCGUCAGGAAUACAUAACAGACAAAGAAAUUGGAUCUGUAUUUCCUCUUAGUGAUGAUAGCAAAUCCAGUGGCAAACUGACACCUACAAGAAAUAGAAACUUACUUGAAGCUGGUACAAGUUGCAUUCAGACAGUUGGUGGGCAUAUAUCUUUUCUACACAACGUUAGUCUUCCUUACAGCAAAACCAUGAAAGUUAAUGAGAAUAAACUGAUGCUAGUCAAAGGGAACACUGAAAACACCACAAUGUCUGCCUCUGAUCUCUCAGAUCAACACAGAGUGCUUAGUACAGAAACAAUGUCAAAUGAACAGCCAAACAACCAGAAUAAUGAUGUGGAAACCACAAGCUUUUCAGUUCAGAAUAAAAAGACAGCUAUUGCAAAGAAAUAUCUUUCAGAUGAAGCAUCAGAGAGUUAUAAAAUUUCAGCAAGGGCUGAUGCCUUUUUCUGUGUCCCAACUUCCUUGCACCCAGUGGCAACUGUGAAUGUUAAUAAUCAGCCCACAAUUUCAAACAGCAAUUUAAAGGAUCUUUAUUCACUUCAUGUUGACAAGCUGUCACCCUCCUCAGUCCUAUCUCCCAUUGACAGUACCCAGUUGUUAAACAUAUCCCCUAAAGUGCCUAUCAAGACUGCUGCCAACAGUGGAAUCCCCAAACCAAUCCUUGUCCAUUCCAAGGGCUCCCUUACAGCCAAAGGUGAUGUGGAGAGCGACGGCAGUGAAAAGCCUGAAGAAAACAUAGAGAUAAAACCUGCCAUACCCAAACCCAAACACGUGAGACCUAAGAUCAUCACUUACAUUAGAAGAAAUCCUCAGUCUAUAGACCAUCUUGACCCUUCCUUUGCCUCAACUGAGCUGCCCUAUGGUCCCCCUGUGUGCGGUAUGCCCAUGGCAAAAGAACAGCAGAUACUGAGUGGUGGGGACAUUAAACCAUCUAACAUUCUGUAUGACAAAUUUAAACCCGACUUGCAAAAGCCAAGAAUCUAUGGUUCAGGACUCGUGGUAUCUGGCAUUAAACCCCCAGGACAUCAUUUUGGUCAAAUGAGUGAAAAGUUUUUACAGGAGGUUGGGAAAAGGCCUAUGAAAGAAGAAUUCUGUUCUCCGCCAUAUACCCACUAUGAGGUAUCCCCAAGUUUUUAUCGAUCUGCCAUGAUACUUAAACCACAGUUAGGACUGGGUGCGGUUUCCAGGUUGCCCUCUGCAAAAAGUAGGAUUUUGAUUGCAAGUCAAAGGUCCUCAGAUAGCUGCCUCCAUCAACCAGGACAAAUAACAAAUGCGUCCAGCCUUUAUCAUACUGAGGCUUCAGUUGAUCUAAAAAAAGGCCCGUGCCCAAAUGCUGCAAAAUCCAAUCUCCCCAAGCCAUGUCAAUCUGGACUUCGUCCUCCUGGCUAUUCACGCUUGCCAGCAGCUAAGUUGGCAGCAUUUGGUUUUGUCAGGAGCUCGAGUGUAUCCUCUGUCUCAAGCAACCAGUCAAAUGACAGCGUUCAGAGUGAUCAAAGCAGAACAACCAACCGUUCAAACUUUGGCAGUGAAGAGCAAACCCCUCCUAAGGCAUCUGUGCCUUCUAAAGAUUUACCCAAGGGGACCAGUAGGACUGCACUGCAGGUAUCAACCAGCACAGCAACUCCCCGCAGGAGUUUACUUCCAGCACCAAAAACUACCAUAACACCUGCUGCAGGUGUGAAGAAAGAAGUACAAAAAGAUCAAGAUGCAAAUAAACCCACUGUGUCAUCCCCUAAGAGAUUAGCAGUAUCAGCCACCAAGCUCCAUUCACCAGGACACCCUAAACAAAGGGCAGCUGUUCCAAGGAAUGGAUUUUCCACCAAGGCAGAUCUGCAGACUCGAGAGGCCGAACGGCAGUUCAUGCAGCAGCUGAAGGAAAAGUGUGACAAGCAGUCCAGGCAAUUCAGCUGUAUUCAAGAGGAACUUAAAAGGGCCAGUCGUGGCUUCGAGGUCUUCGCUGUAACAACACAGCAUUUCUUUCGGAAGAAUGAAAGUGCCCUUGUGAAAGAAAAGGAGUUGUCAGUUGAGCUUGCAAACAUCAGGGAUGAAGUUGCCCUCAACACAGCAAGAUGUGAGAAAUUACAAAAAGAGAAGGAGGAACUGGAGAGAAGGUUUGAGGAGGAGGUGAGGAAGCUGCAUUGGCAACAGCAAGAAGAGCUGCGUGCACUUGAGGAGAGGUUGCAGUUACAGUACAGGGGUGAAAUGGACCUCUUGCAAGAGGAACACAGUCUUCAACUUGUGAGGAUCAAGUGUCAGCACCAGGAACAGGUGGAAGAUAUUUCAGCCACUCACGAAGCUGCAAUGUUAGAGAUAGAAAACAAUCAUACAGUUGCCAUUGCAGUACUCCAGGAUGAGCAUGGCAACAAAGUUCAAGAACUGAUGUCUGCCCACGAACUGGAAAAGAAAGAAUUGGAAGAGAGUUUUGAAAAACUGCGGCUGUCACUCCAGGACCAGGUAGAUACCCUCACCUUCCAGAGCCAUUCUCUAAGGGACAAGGCAAAGCGAUUUGAAGAGGCUUUAAAGAAAAACACUGAAGAGCAACUAGAGGUUGCACUAGCUCCAUAUCAGCACUUAGAAGAAGAUAUGAAUAGCCUGAAGCAGGUUUUGGAAAUGAAAAAUCAGCUCAUUCAUCAACAGGAAAAGAGGAUCAUGGAACUGGAAAAGCUGGCUGAAAAAAACACAAUACUGGAAGAAAAAUUGCAGGUCCUGCAACAGCAGAACGAAGACAUGAGAGUCCGGAUUGAUCGGAAUACCCUUGUGACCAGGCAGUUAUCUGAGGAAAAUGCUAAUCUUCAAGACUACGUGGAGAAAGAAACCAAGGAAAAGAAGAGGUUAAGCAGGACUAAUGAAGAGCUACUUUGGAAGCUCCAGACAGCGGAGCCCAUGAGCCCAGUUAAACUGUCUCCUACGUCUCCUACACCAAUUUAUCGCUGUUCAUCAGGGCCUCCUACUCCCGCAAAAGUCAGCACGGUGCCAAGAUGACCGCUCCACGCGGCUGCAGAAGUUAACUGGGCUUUUACACAUUUUUCCAAUCGGCUGAAUGUGAUCAUCCAAGAAAGUAUUACCAACCGUAGAUACCCAGGGUUGGUUACUGCAAGCAUGCUCUGUAGCUGCAUAAGUGUAAGCUAGGCAGUGUACUAUUAUCAGUGUACUAUUAUCAUAGAAGCUCCCGGUACUGGCACACUGAUGUUGUAGAGUAGUAUAACCAGUGUAGUCUGAUGUGUAAACAUUUUGCCAUGGUUAGAGCCAAAAGAAAGAAAAUCCUACUACUAAUGGUUCAUCAAAAUGAACCUUUGCUGCAGUGUUUCAGGUUAGUUACAAACAGUACAUGUUUUGAAUAUCUAUAUAUGUAUGUGUGUUUAUAUAUAUAUGUAUGUAUUCAUCCUAAAUAGGUGUAUAUAUUGACACACGCAACAUAUAUGGAGUUGAAGAUGUUCUGAAUUGCAUUUUUUUAUAUUGUUGGAUACACUACUAAGUGCUGAUAUAUUUUCAUUAUGGUCAGCAGUUUUGUAACUUGUGCCUAAAACUUAUAGCUAAAUGAAAUGCAUUUCUGUCAAGCCUCCCAGGAAUAUUUCUACCCAAAAUAGAAGAAAGUUACUUAGAAAUAGAAGCGCCUUCCAAACUACCACCAAGUGGUACACUAUAUACCAUGAACACCAGCGACAAUGAGAUUCUAAAAUAGUACUGCCUUCAAAACCAUCACCUUCAUACUCAAUGCCAGAUAAGGCCACGCAUUCCAGUCUCCAAUUUUCAAUUAUUAUUAGCAUCAAUGUUGUGAGUGGAUGUAGGAUAGAGACCGAAACCCAGAGGGCUUUAGCACAUUCCAUACAGUUUAUUUGAAAGAGUAACUCCAUUUUACUCUCUCAAAUCCUAGUUAUCCUUUUUUUUUUUUUAACUGAACACUUUUGGAAGCACUCCGAAUCUAUAACAAAUCCAGUCCCACAUUAUUUUGUUGCAAACCCUAGAAAGAAGGAAAAAAAUAUUUGCUGUGAGCUUGACAUUUGGCCAAAAGCAUUAAACCCCUAGUGGGAUGUUCUAAGAAUUUAGAUCCAGUUUGCCUCAGGGUACAGGGGAUCCUGCACAUACUAGGCUCUUGUUUGCCCUUGUUAAUGGCCAGGAGAACCCCAGGGAAGAUCUAUGGGGCUUCAUGGAUCCAGCUGAGGCCAGAAUUUUGUCCCUCGACAUAUAACCCAUAUAUUUUGAGGCCAAACUACCUUAAACCUCUGCCUUCCAGGCAAAAUGCAAAUACUCUUAGGUUUCCCUGUUAUAUUAACCCCCUUUGCUGCACCUGUUAACCAUGCAUGUGUUGCAGCGGUAACUUUCAGUGCAGUGCCUGUCUAGACCAGAUGGAAUGUCACACCAUGCUGAGUGAACACGCUGGUUUCCCAGGGGUACAGCACCUCAAACAGCAGUUAGAAUGAGAAGGGGUUAACAGUAUUUGAUCUGGAUCCUGGGUACAGGAAGGGAACUGCACAAAGCCAGGCGAGGUCCUGUUGUCUUUGAUGUUCUCUAAAUGUGGGUCCCAGCAUUUGUAUCAGAAUUGUUUGGAUUAGACUGUGAAAGCAUUUGAUGUAGGCAGGGUAGGCGUGUGAGUCACCCACACAAAAGCAAAAACAAUUUUUUAAAUGAUAUGAUGCUUUUAUUUUCAGUUUGUCGCAAAGACCCUGCACUUUUUCCUGCCUAUUCACAGAGCACACUGUGUGCUCCAGGACCUGACCAAGUUACAGCCAGGAUGUAAAUACGUACAUAAAAUAUUCCAGGGUCAUGAAGCAAUGUGAAAGAGUUGUUGUCACAAGGUGGGUAAACAGCUAAUGAUGUGCAUGGAAGCAGGCAGGAAGGCAUUUACUCCAGCAAACAUGCGCAUUGUUUGCACUUGAAAUAUGCUUCAGCUUUCCUGUGAUGUAUUCAGAAUGCUCAGGCUGCAGCUUAGGUACAGCCAGCUUCAAUUUAAGUGUCUUUGGCCCACCCCAAGGUGUAAAAAUUAGGUUAAUUUUUUUUUUUUUUAGAGAAAUUUAUUUUUGUAGCAGGUUUGCAUGAUAUUAUGAUACUGAGUAUGUUGAACAUCUUAUUAGACUAGACCAGGCCAUAUUUGACUAACACCAUUGAAAUACAUGACUAGAUUGUAUGUGUUCAGCAAGUACACCCUGAAAGUAGGAGAGUUGUUAAAGAAUAAAAACCACUAUCACUAUAAUUUUAGUCACUUUCAUACUGCACUUGCUCAAUGCACAGGUACUCUGCAAUACCUACUUCAUUGUUAUGUUCCAGUCUAAUGCAAUGUGUUCUAUUACAGUAUGAGUUGUUACCAUGAUGUUAAUCUAAAUUAUCCCAUGUGCUACUCACUAAAACGUUUUACUGUCCUGA